AUGAAUCUUACUCCACCAGAACUAUCAAUUAUUAAGCAAAAAUCACUUAAAAUUGAUCAAGAGCUGGAAUUAUCACAAAGAAAAUCAAAAGAAUUACAGCUGUUCAUUAAAAGUUUUACAUCAAAAUUGGAACUACUUAAUGAGAAAAUAUAUAAAAAAAGGAUGCACCAUGAUAUUGAAGAAACUGAUUUCGAGCACGAGCAGGCUGACCAAACCCAAAAACUUAAGGUUGCCGAGCUCGGAGUACUAAAGUUGGAAGAAACAAUUAAUGACCUGCAAAACGAAAUUGAGCUUCAAAAAGAUUUCGUUAUAGAUAACCACAGAGAAACAUUAUCGUGGGAAACUAAAUAUAAAUUGCUUGAGGAAACUAUAGAGUGGUCGAAACUAGAGCGAUCUGUAAACGGAGAAAUCGGUCAGAUGAAAACAGAAAUUCAUCGCAUGACUAUAAGAUAUGCUCAACUAAAACGAGCACAGGAAAGUCUUGUUCUAGAUCUAGAACAUUGCGUUAUGCACCGGGAACAAAUAUUUGUCAAUGCAUCAGUGAAAGAACACUUACAAGGCAAACUAAAAAAAUUAAAAAAUGCUUCUCAUGUUCAGGUCAGACUUGAUGAAGUUCAUAAUAGAACUAAACUCAUAAGUAAUGAAAUAAAGUUAUUGUCGGAAAAGCACUUAAUUGAUGAUGUCAACAAAAUUGAGCGCAUGAUUUAUAUGUUACGAAGAAUUGAAACGGAUCUUAAAGAAAUAUUGAAGGAUGAUGCCAACAUUCAGGAUCGAAUCCAAGAAGGGAUUUUAGCUAAGCAUGCAAAUUUGGAGCAAAUAAUACGGAAACAAAUUAGAGCAAAAGCUUAUCGAAGACUUAAUUUAUUAAAAUCAAAGCAGAAAAUUGUUCGAUCAGAGCUGGCGGUACAACAAAUAUCACAAAAGCAAUGCGAGCUCAAUGAAAGUCUUACGGAAAUCGCACAGAAUCUAUUACUCGGCUUUCCUAAUAGCAAAACAUUUUUUACAAAAGUACUUCACGUUUUAAAAGACUAACUGAAAUAAAUAAAAAUACGCAUAUUGGAGCUAAAAAAACGUCAAUAAAGAAACCAAAAGAUUAAUGUUUGAACAGUAGGAGAGAUUUCCUUAAAUCAUCAUCAGCAUUAUCGAUUUAGCGUCGCUUGGUACCGGUUGCGUUUAUCCUGUGCUCUAUGAUUUUGUCCAUUUGCUGAUUAAUAUCUGUGGUACUGGUGUCCUGUUUUGUAACCUGACCCAACAGAACAGCCGUGUGUGUUUUUUAAAUAUGUUUUUUGUAGUCAAUUUGUCUACUUAAUAAUAGGAAAUAAGGAACGUGCAUUCUAUUUUUAACUUUUUGUACGCUGUUUGUGCAUUCGUUUCAAUCACAGCUUUUGUUGUUGUUUCUCAUAGCUCUCUGUAGUCUCUCUCCCGCUUCUUUUCGCUUAAACUCUUGUCGUGUAUAUUUUGCUUAUGCUUCCCAGGCUACUCUCUCGCGCCAACUACAUUUUUAUUUAUUGAUCCCAGUGUCAAAUUGACUGAGGUAUUUAUAAUUCUUUUGAUUUUUGUUUUAUAAAAAACACUUUUUUUAAUUUUAGAUUUAUAAAUAUAAAUUUAAAAGAGGCAUUUUUUGUUCAAAAAAGAUUGUCAGUUUGGAUCAUCACCUAAUAACGUUUUAAUUUACUCUCUGCAAUACACUCAUACAUUCUAAUGUACCGGACUUGUUGGCAGAAUAA